CCGACCUGGCCGGCCAAUCAGGAGGGAGCCCCGCACCUCCCUCACUUCUGACAACUAUUUAGCAACUGAGCUCAGCUAAAGUUUCCAAAAAGUUAGAAUAACUUCCUCUCUCCAAGACCUCAAUUUUUUUACACAACCUCGGUCCUUGAAAUAAGAGCCCUUCAAGCAACCUGGAAAACGUUUGGUCAGCAAAAAAAAAAAAAAAAAGGAAAAAAAAAGAAAAAAAGAGUCCUUCUGUUUUUCCAAAGGAUCUGUCUCAGGAAUUUAAGGCACAUUUAAGACACACACACACUCACAUAACAUAAGGAGGGGGGGAAAGGCUCUUCCCCUCCCCUUCUUGCAGAAAGCAUGGAAGAAAGCUCCAGUUCUCCUGUUUCCCCUGUGGAUAGCUUGGGGACCAGUGAAGAGGAGCUGGAGAGGCAGCCAAAGAGAUUUGGCAGGAAGAGAAGAUACAGUAAGAAGUCCAGCGAAGAUGGCAGCCCCAACCCAGGGAAGAGGGGGAAAAAGUCCAGUCCCAGCUCCCAAUCUUACGAAGAACUGCAGAGCCAGAGGAUCCUGGCCAACGUCAGAGAGAGGCAGAGGACUCAGUCGCUCAACGAAGCUUUUGCCGCCCUGAGGAAAAUCAUCCCCACGCUGCCCUCUGACAAACUGAGUAAAAUCCAGACGCUCAAGCUGGCGGCGCGGUACAUAGACUUCCUCUACCAGGUGCUACAGAGCGACGAGAUGGACAGUAAGAUGACGAGCUGCAGUUACGUGGCUCACGAGAGGCUCAGUUAUGCCUUCUCCGUGUGGAGGAUGGAGGGAGCGUGGUCCAUGUCGGCUUCCCACUAGCCGCCGCCCGGGCCGGGCCAGCCCAAGGGACUGUCCAGUGUCUGCGACUGAAGUGGAAUUGGGAUAUAUCCAAGUUUGUAGCUUCUGAAACCUUACAAACCUCAAGAAAACUGGUCCAAAAGACCCCUCUUGACCUCCCUUGCUCUGAACUCUUGCAGAGCAUUUUAGACUGAGUAGCAAAACAGCACCGAAGAGAAGGGGCUGAGGCUUUGCAACAUCUCUCCCCAGAACGACUGACCAAAGAGAGGAAAAGCAACAUUCCUGGUUGUUCAUUGCUGUUGGGAUUUUGUGUCUGUCUGUCUGUCUGUGCGUUUGAUGUUUUAUCGUUUUAUCGCUAAUUUUUUGGGUUGUUUUUUUUUUCUGGAAGCAAUCUUAAUUCAGGAACACAUUUAUGAGGCAUCUUUGGGUUCGAGUUUUACUUCCCCUUAACUGUAUGCUUCUUCUUUUUUUUUUUUUUUUUUUAACAUUCCAAACCUGAUUUCUUGUACAGUCAUGGCAAAACUGGACCAAGGCUCUCAGCAAAAAGAGGAAAAGAAGGAAAAAAGCCCACUAUGCCCCCAGCUCCCUGCAUGAAUUGUUUCAAGUACAGCCUGGAUUACAGACUGCCCUCCACACUCUGCCACCUCUCCCUUAUUGCUCCAUGAUUUGCUACCGCUCAUCCCCUUCCCCCUUUUUUUAUUUUUUAAAAAUUUUCUUUUUUGUUUUCAUUUUCUGUUCCAGUGUAUAUGUUGCUUAUUUGUUUUAUUUAUUGAGAUAUUUUUAACGAGCUAAGAGACUGCAAUGUCGCUGUGUAUACUGCUUCUCUUGCCAGUAAAAAUA